AUGAUGCGAAAUAACGCUGAUCGUGGGGUUGUGUCCCUCGCUUUCAACGCUCGCUGGUUCCUUGUGGCGAUGUUUAUUCUCUUCGCGGUCAACGCUUACACUUACACUUGGGGGAUGACUGACGUAGCUGCUACAUUGCGACACAGGACAGACUGCCUGCUAGCGUGCACGCAAGAGAACUUCCCUGAAGGCGGCUGCAAGCAGGUUCAAGACAGGGUGGUCGAGUACCGUGGGAACAAGUAUACAACGUUCUUUGCUUUCCCAGCUCCUGACGGCAUUAGCAAGUCUCAGUACUACGGCAAUUACUUUCACUCGUACACUCGCUGCAAAGACAUGGCGCUUGAUCCUUCCGGUGCCCUCUGGAGACAAUUCUAUUCGCGAUCGUAUCGGCAGCUCAUCAUUCAACAAGAUUACGUGAAGCUCUGCGAAAUAUUCGGGUCUUCAGCGGACUUUUGUGACAAUCAGGAGGACAGACUUCACACUUGCUUCCUUGGCUGCCGGCGCCCAGAGGACACAGCAGCGAACGGGUAUACCGCGGACAAUCGCGAACCUUGUACCCCAGGCGAAGAAACGGUGCCUCCUCUGCUUUGCAUCUAUCCCCACGAUCUUUCGGGAGAUACAUUUUUCGGCAAGAUGGUCGGAUCCACUUGCAUUUACUCUCACCGCAGUCCUGAAGAGACUGAUCCAACUGAAGACCCGUUCCUUUUCGCGUCACCAGUCUGGUGCUUCGGCGCCCUCCAGCUGUUCGGGGCAAUCUUUGCCGCGAACUUUCUCCAGCUUGUAUUUGAAAUUUUGCUGCUGCGAGUGCUUGAUAUGGCGAAUGAAUUCAUAGAGCAAUCGCUUGCGUUGCGUAGCCGGAAAUGCCUGUAUAUAUCUGUGAUGUCCGCAAUUCUAGGCGUUCUAAUGUUCGCAACGCUUGGCGCCGUCACCAUUAUUCAGCGACUGAGCUUGGAGAAAGCCCUGGUCACUUCGUUCUUUUUAUCCCUUGCUUUUGAUCAAUUCAAGUUCUUUCUGGUCCAGCCCCUCCUCUGGUGGAUCAUCUUACGCCGAUGUGGCAAGCUGUCGCCUGCUGGAGUGCAAGAAUAUGACGAUGAUUAUCUCACGCUGUUCCAAACGGAAACAUCUUUGGUCGACACGAUAAGGCAGACAGUCGGCGGCAUCAUGGCCACUGUCGUCUUCCAGCGAGUCCUUCUUUGUCUUCUCCUGGCUUAUACGGCUUUCCUCCUCCUCCAGUUUCUGCUCCUGAACAAUGUGGCAGAGUAUAAUCUUGCUGUCGUCCCUAAAAUUGAUCAGGGGCGGGUGAUCGCCAGACAAAUCGACAAUGUCUUCACGGUCGUGUUCACCGCGGAGGUAUUGGGAAAGUUCAUCGGCUACGGCUUAGCGUAUCUGAAAGACCCCGUCGAAACAUUUGACACCCUAGUCGUUUUGACAGUAUUCGCCUUGUUUGCGUCAGGCUUCUACGUCGCCGGCAUUGGGCUGCUACGUAUUCUUCGACUGCUUAGCGCACUAGCGUUGCUGCAUAAGUAUCCUGACUCGAAAGAAAAGCGCCCAGAACUGUCCGGCGACAACUCCUCGAAAAUGGAGAAAGCCUCCUCGAUAGUCGAGGGACUUCUGACUAAUGUCCAUAUUCCAAAGUACUUCAAGACAGAGCUCGAAUGGGUUUGGGACUCGAUUCUGUCGAACAAGGUCUACGAUUCCCACGUCGUUGAAACCGAGGAGCAGGAAACCGAUCAGCCCGCUGAGGCAAGAAGCAGCGUGCGCUUCCUCGUUUUGCAGACGAUCAUCUCCUCUCCUGAUGCCACGCGCAAGACCCAAGCUGCUGUGCGGGCGUCCCGAGCCCAGCCGCGCGCGUCGAAAGUUCCGCACGGAUCUUCAAGCAUGGUGAUUGACGCCACAAACGGCCGUUUGUCAAGUCAAAUGCUGGAGAACUUGCGCGAGCCCGAUCCACGCAUGAUGGACACCGCGCUGUAUAGAUCCGAAACACGCAGCCUCGACCCCUUGACUGCCUCUGUCGGCGGAAUGAAGGCUGCGCCAUCAAUGCUUACAAAGGGAAGCAAAUCGAACUCGAUGAUGGCAACGUCUGCGUCCAAGUCCUUUCGAACAGAAAGAAACAAAAAGGCUAUCGACAUUCUCUCUGUCCUGUACCAGGCGGCGCAAAUUACGGGCGCCGAGCAGGAGCAGGUCAACGAAGUGAUGCGGCCGUUCGAUGAAUGGCAAUGGGAUGCGUUGCACGCCGGCGACGUGUGCGACAUGAAUCUCCUGCCUGUCGUCUUCGUUCGCGCAAUCGCAACGUUUCCAACCAUCAUGACAAAAUUCAACUUCGACUUGGAUCGUCUGUUCGAAUUUCUGCGAGUUGUGCAAGGAUCCUUUCAGAAAAACGUGAAGUUUCACUGCGCAGCGCACUCCGCUGACAUGAUCCAGGCAGUCCACUACUUCGUCACGAUUGGAAAGCUGGGCACUCUUCUAAGCGAAUACGACGUCUUUCUGAGCCACUUUUGUGCGCUGGUCUGCCAUUUCGGGCAUCCUGGAGUGACAAACACGUUUCUUGUGAAGUCUCGUCAUCCACGGGCCAUCCGAUACGAUGACGACUCCGUGAAUGAGAACUACGUCGCCUCCGCUAUCUCGUGUUUGGUCGCGAGGGAAAAAUACAACUUCUUUGGUGAUAUGGUGCCUCUCUGGCAGGCCUUCCGGCAGCACAUGAUCGAUAUCCUCCUCAAUUUCGACAUAUCCAAGUCCGCACACCAAGUAGCAAUGCUCCGAACCAAAGUGUCGAUUAAGUUCACCGCCUCGACGGCGGCAGACAAGCAACUGCUUCUGACAGUCCUAUUGAGGGCGGCAGAUUAUAGCUUCACAUGCCGGCAACUGGCUCUCUACAGCAAGUGGAAAGACAGGAUGAUCGACGAAUUCUUUGCUAUGGGCGACACGGAGAAGCAGCUGGCUUUGACAGUCUCACCGUUUUGCGACAGAGAGCUCACCAACGUUGAUAAAUGCCAUGUGGCCUUCAUCGAGGUUGCCGUAAAGCCUCUCAUGAAAGUGCUCGUCCUCGGCUUGGCGCCUCACCUCCAGAAAGAUGUUCUGGACACACUCGAGGCCAACCAAAAGAAUCUUAUGCAAAAGCUUGACAAGAAUGAUUAA